AUGGGGGUGGAGGAGCACAGAGGCUCUAAGUGGGGGCGCUCCGGGGACCCCCGCCCCGCCCGAAGCCCGCGCCUCACCCAGGUCCGGGUGCUCCAGAAUGCAGUGCGCUACGUAGGCCGGGUUGCUGUGCAGGUCCCUGCAUUUCUUGCAGAAAAGGAUCUCGCAGAGCUCACAACCCCCGCCGCACGGCUGCUGCGGCUGCUGGGUCUGCAGCACGCACGGCUCCUCCUCCGCGGGGUUCCGCCUCCUGCCGUGCGACCGGGCCCCCUGACGCUCGGGGCUCCGCGCCGGGCCCGGGGAGCCCCCCUCACCGGUCCGCCGGCCCCGGGGUCCCCCUCACCGGUCCGCCCGGCCCCGGCGCCCCCUCACCGGUCGGCCAGCGCCGCGGGGCCGCGCAGCAGGGCCAAGGGCAGCAGCCAGCUCCAGAAGCCGCUGUCCGCGCGCCGCAGCAGCGCCACCUGCUGGGCGCUGGGCUCCUGGCGCAGCGGGCUGUACGACACGGUCUCCCGCUCCUGGGCGCCCUCCGCCUCCCGGGCCUCCGCCUCGCCCUGCUCCGCGCUCUCCGCAGGCUGCCUCCCCUCGUCCUCCUCCUCCGAUCCCGACUCCUCCGUCUCCUCCUCCCGGACCCCCGGCUCCUCCGGCUCCUUCUUCCACAAGGGGGUCUUCACGCCUGCGGGCGGGGCGGGCGGAGAGGAGGUCGUACCCUGA